AUGGCUUUAUUCAGUUUUGGCAACAUUUUGCUGCUCUCUGCAGCCUAUGUGUUGUGGAAAUUACUUUACCAAAUCGUGUAUUAUCGCUUCUAUCAUCCGCUAGCCAAAUUCCCCGGCCCUUUUUGGGGUUCGGUAACUCGACUGUGGAUAACAUAUCAUAAUGUUAAGGAGGAUGAAUGUCGGGUGAAUCAGGAGCUUCACAAGAAGUAUGGGCCUGUCAUUCGCAUCACACCUACCAUGUUGCUUGUCAGUGACGCAACCAAGUUACCGGAAAUCUACCACCGAAAUGCCAACAAGUCGCAACACUACAUCACCGGCAGUUUCGGAAAGACGGAAUCAUUGUUCAACAUGCAGGACCAUGCAGUUCAUGCUCGCUUCCGUAAGAUCGCUGCGGCGCCUUACUCUUUUUCAAACAUUCGGAAGAUGGAGCCUCUGCUUGACAAGCACAUCGAGCGCUGGAUGUCCAGACUAGAUGCGUUCGCUACUUCCGGUACCAAGAUGGACUUUGCUCCAUGGGCAGUCUACCUUGCUUACGAUAUUGUCUCUGAAGUUGGCUUCGGACAGCCUUUCGGUUUCAUUGAACAGGGAAAAGAUGUUGAGGGACUCAUCCAAGGUUUUCACGACGGCCUUGUGCCGUUUGGUAUACUGGCACGGUGCUAUCCGUUAACAAAUUGGGUCAAGAGCACUUUUUUGGGGAAAUACCUUGUCGCAUCGCCGGAGCAGGACUCUGGAAUCGGGACUUUGAUGAGAUUCCGAGACGGGCUUAUCGUUCAAAGAUUCAAAGACAUCGAGAAAGGGACGACAGAUGGACGUAUCGAUUUACUACAAACCUUCAUUGAAGCCCGGGACGAGGAUGGAAAACCUCUUGAUCUGGACUACAUCAAAGCCGAAAUCUUACUCGUCUUGCUUGCUGGAGCAGAUACUACGGGCACUGCAUUCCAGGCUUUCAUGAUGCAUAUCAUGACACAUCCCGACGUCUAUGAUCGUCUCAUGGCCGAGAUUGACGAGCAGACUCGAGCUGGUAAUCUUUCAGAGAUGCCUCAGUACGCGGAAGUCCAGGAACAUUGCCCAUUCUAUGUGGCGUGCAUUCGCGAAGCCAUGCGAUUGAAUCCUCCAGCGCCCAACAUCUUUCCUCGGCUUGCUGGAAAAGGCGGUAUGGAGCUUUACGGCAAGCACGUACCAGAAGGAGCUGAGGUUACUUGCAACCCGUGGCUGGUGCAUCGCGACGAGAACAUCUUUGGUCCCGACGCUACCGAGUUCCGACCUGAGCGAUGGCUAGAAAGCGAGGAGAAGACAAAGGAGAUGCUCAAGUACAACAUGGGUUUUGGCUACGGGGCCAGAGUUUGCCUGGGCAAAGACCUUGCAAUGAUGGAAUUGCUCAAAGGGCCUCUUCAAUUCUUCAGGGCUUUCCAGCCAGAGAUCCUCAAUAGUGGAGAGCCUGGUAAGUAUGUCGUGAAAGGGGGCGUCAGCUUCUUCAAGGAUAUGUGGGUCACCAUCGAACGACGACCGAAGGCGCUGUAA